AUGUCAGCCAGGUCUCAGUCGCCUGUUAUCCUCUACAUGGACUAUUUUUCACAGCCAUCUCGAGCAGUCCUUUCAUUCUGCUUGAUCGCCAAUAUUCCGCACGAAGUCAGAGAAAUCAGAAUUAUGAGGGGUGACCAUCUAAGCGAAGAGUUCAGCAGAAUCAACCCAAUAAAAACAAUCCCCACUAUUGUUCACAACAAUAUAACUAUCUGCGAGUCUCAUGCAAUUUUAGCAUAUUUAGCGACUGUUUUUCAUGCAGAAGACCACUGGUAUCCUUCAGAUCCAGCUCAAAGAGCUUAUGUUGACCAAUAUCUUCAUUGACAUCAUCAAAACAUCAGAUUUGGAUGCGGGUAUUAUGUAUUUUUCAGGAUCUACGGAAUUAAAUUGAAAGUUGUAAAAAGUUCAGUUGACAUUGACGAAAUGAUUUUGGAAAGGCAGAAAAAGGCAUUAGCAUUUGUAAACGAAACACUUUCGGCUUUCCCCUUUAUUGCAAAAACAUAUUCACCAACUAUUGCAGAUUUAUCGUGCUACUGCGAGUUUUCUCAAAUGGAGAUACUUAACUUUGAUUUCAGUGAAUAUCCAAAUAUCAUAAAUUGGAUGAGGGUAAUAGGAGAAAUCCAGGGAGUUAAAGAAGCGCAUAGAGUUUGGAAUAAGUUUUUACCAAGAAUGAAAAUGUAA